AAAAAAAAAAAAAAGUCACUAGCGCUCCCAUCGGGGUUGUGUAUCAAAAGAUUCUCAUCCUUCGGGGAUGUACUAUGGUGUUUAUAUUUUUAUAGUGACUAUAUUAUUGUUGAGUUUAUUAACUCAGUAAUUCUAUUAAUUUUAUUAAGUAAAGAAGUAAAGAAGCCGCGCCAACAUGGGGGAGCGCAAGGGCACAAACUUGUACUACCCGCCCGACUACAACCCGAAGGUGGGCGGGCUAAAUAAGUUCAUGGGGACCCACGCCCUGAGGGAGCGGGCCCGCAAGCUGCAUCUCGGCAUCCUCAUCAUCCGCUUCGAGAUGCCCUACAACAUCUGGUGCGACGGCUGCGGGAACCACAUCGGCAUGGGCGUGCGCUACAACGCAGAGAAGAAGAAAGUCGGCAUGUACUACUCCACCCCUGUUUACCAGUUCCGUAUGAAAUGUCACCUGUGCAACAACCAUUUCGAAAUCAAGACUGACCCAGCUAACCUGGACUACGUGAUCGUGUCGGGUGCGAGGCGGCAGGAGAACCGCUGGGACCCCACUCAGAACGAGCAGGUGGUGCCAGAGACCAAGCAGACGUCCCGCCGCCUGUUCGACGACGCCAUGUUCAAGUUGGAGCACGGCGAGGGGGACAAGGGCCAGGCCAAGAAGGUGGCCCCGGCCCUCGGCAGGCUCGCCAGCCUCAGGGACAGCAUCUGGCGCGACGACUACGCCGCCAACUGCGCGCUCAGGAAGAAGUUUAGGGAGUGCAAGAGUGAAAUGACUGCCAAAGAGGACAGAGAUGCAGCAGUACGAGCUAGGACCAGCUUAGACAUUCCUUUACUUCCAGAGGACGAUGAAGAUUCCAAGAUGGCAUCACUUCUGUCCCUCAAGCCAGCUCAGUCGAUUGCGGAACGAAUGAAUCAGACCCGCCAGGAGAUAAUCCACCGGCCAGCGCUGCACAGCUGUACGGGAGUGUCGUCUGCGUUCCUGGGCGUUAGGGCCAUGAAGCAGCUGUCCGAGAGCAGCUUGAGCAGGGACAGCCUCGGCAUUACGGUACGAGGUGACACCCACCAACAAACCACCACCACCACCGCCGCCGCCGAGAAGAAUUCACUUGUGUCACAAGACUACGACUCUUCCAGUUCUGACGGCAACAGUUGAAAUAUAAAUCUCACUAAUUUAUUGUUAUAUAUUUUUAAGGAAUGUAUUAUUUUGUAUUUAGUUGAUAAAAAAUCUAUUAAGUGUUUAA